GGCACAAUGGUGGAGUCUCAUUGAUAUAGCCUACAGCUGGCGGCUCCAGACUAAAAGCUUGCCACACGGAGUGAGAGAAAGGUCUGAGAAAGUGACGGAGGAUUCAUGUAGGGGGCUUUUUAGAGGAAGACUGGACAGGUUUGAUCGUUUUUGAAGAGUGGCACACCAAAGAAAUAGACAGGCCAAAAUGCUUUGCCACGUUACUCGUCCGGAUUCAGUAGUGAUGGAAGUGGAAGUUGAUGCGAAGGCGAACGGUGAAGAUUGUCUCAAUAAGGUUUGCAGAAAGUUGGGCAUAAUUGAAGCGGACUAUUUCGGGCUGCAGUUCACAGGCAGCAAGGGCGAGAAUCUGUGGCUAAAUCUGAGGAACCGCAUCUGUCAGCAAAUGGACAAUGUGACCCCGUGUCGACUCCGGCUCAGAGUCAAGUUCUUUGUAGAGCCCCAUCUCAUCCUCCAGGAGCAGACGAGACACCUCUUCUUCAUGCACGUGAAGGAGGACCUCCACAAUGGGCACCUCCGCAUGGGCUCUGACCAGGCUGUGGAGCUGAGUGCGCUGCUCGCUCAGGCCGAGUUUGGGGACUACAACCAGAACACGGCUCAGUACUGGUACUCGGAGUUGGGUGGAGAGGAGCCCAGCCAGGAUACAAUGGACAGUAUUGUGGCCCGACACAAAGGCCUGGAGGGGCUAAGCCAAGCAUCUGUGGAGUACCAGGCGUUGCAGCUCAUCUCGUCUCUGGAGCACUAUGGGGUGGAGUGGCACUGGGCCCGGGACGCCAACGGACAGAGGCUGGCCAUAGGGGUUGGACCUGAGGGCAUCGCCAUCUGCAAAGAGGACUUCACCUUAGAGAACAGAAUAAGCUACCCCCUCAUCCAGAUUGCCACGCAGUCGGGGAAAAGUGUUUAUCUGACGGUUACCAAGGAUACCAGUGACAGCAUGGUGCUCCUGUUCAAACUGAUCAGCAACAGAGCGGCCAGCGGACUGUACAGGGCCAUCACAGAGACGCAUGCUUUUUACAGAUGUGACACAGUAACCAAUGCUGUCAUGAUGCAGUACAGCAGAGAUUUUAAGGGACAUCUUGCCUCUCUUUUUCUCAAUGAAAACAUCAACUUGGGAAAAAAAUAUGUUUUUGACAUUCGCCGCACUGCCAAGGAAGUGUACGACCAUGCCCGGCGGACGCUAUACAAUUCUGGGGUGGUGGACCUGGUGUCCCGGAACAACAGCGGGGAGCGCUCCUCACCCUCACGAUCUCCAACCAGGGACCCGCAGCUGGAGGAGGGGCUGGACUGUAGUAGCUGCCAGCAAAGUCGCGAGCUCCAGGAAAGGCUGCAGAAACUGCGGGAGGCUCUGCUCUGCAUGCUCUGCUGUGAGGAAGAGAUCGAUGCUGCCUUCUGCCCCUGUGGACAUAUGGUGUGCUGCCAGACAUGUGCCAGCCAACUCCAGUUGUGUCCUGUGUGCCGGUCAGAUGUGGAGCACGUCCAGCAUGUAUACCUGCCCACAUGCACAAGUCUGCUCAGUCUCACCCUGACAGACAACCACCAACACCGCAGCAACAUCCCAACUCCUAUCUGCAGAGACAUGGCCUCUCCUCACAGCUGCCCUGACUAUGAGCACAAGAUCUUCCACAUGUGAAGAGCAUCAUGUCUAUGGACUAGCAAACGCAAAAGUCACAAAGAUCUAUUAGUGACUCAACCACUCCACCUGCUCUGUGCUCCUAUCUGAACACCUGUCUGUUCAAAAUGUUGUCAAAUUCACGUUUGUUCUAAACACUUCCCUGCUGCAGUUAGUUUUAAAUUAGUUUCUUAUAUUUUGUUAAAUUAUUGUAUCAGUUGACCUGAUCAGUUUUGUUUUUUGUUCUAUAUCAGGCCCAUGGCCACUCAACUCCUAUAUUUUAUACUGUACAUAUCCUUUAUCACUUUUAAUGCUGCCAUUUUAAAGCUCGUCACAACUGCAUUUUACUGUGUGUCUAGUGAGAUGCUUUUUAUAUUUAAUUUCUUGUGUGUUAUUUUAUCCACAUUUCCAUGCCAAUGAGGGGGAAUUCAAAGGGAGGCAGCUCUGCCUGUGUGGUGCACUGCAUACUAAUGACACUCACUGAAAUAUGGUCCAGGGCUGUGACCCGGAGGUCUCAAAGGGUCUUUGUACCGAUACAACUGUGACCAAAGCCAAACCAGUAUGUGGCUCACACUCCUCUUCAAAUCAAAGACUACACUGCACAUUCUGUCAGGAUUAUGCCAACACAAAGUUAGAAAUAAGUGACCACAAUUGUUGUAAAAUGGGUCUUGGUCAUGCAGUGGCUGUCUUCUUUGUAAACCUCCAGUUAUUCCUCUCUGGGGUGUAAUCGUGAGUUGUUUGGAUAAUUGAAAGGGUACUAGGAGAUCUACCUGUGCAAUACUGCUUUCGAAAAGCUUUUCAUUUUGUUUUAUUUAAUUUGAAAAAAACUAUAUUUAAAAAAACAUUGUCACUUUACCAAGGAAGUUUUCCUUGUGUCUGUAGGAGUUGGCCUUAAUGUAGCAGAAAUGCCGUGUCUAUCCUAAACUUCUGCAGACUUUGUGUGAAAAGGAAAACUCUCUUGCUGACUCAGUCACUGCAGGGGAACUUUGAUUAUUUUAUCACAUUGUACAAGUAGCAGUUUGUUUCUGUUUUCUGAAGCAAAAGCCACUAUUCUGUCAAUGCGAGUAACUCUUAGAAAUAAAUUCUUUUGUAUUUUAACAAAGGAGAAAGUAUUAAUAAAGGGUUUUUUU